CUUAUCUUGCCUUUCGGCGGCUUGCGCUUGGUUUCACUUUCCCGUUUUCACGUGAUGUAGUGGAUAUUUUUUGAUUAAUUCAUGGGAAUAAUAUCUACUCAAGCAGAAAUUAUGUUUACAAUACAAAUGAAAGGAUUUUAAGUUAUUUUAAUAUCUAUGAAAGGCUUGUAAAUAUUUCAAUCAAUAGGAAAGUAACACAUAUAAUUUAAUAUGUCAACAAAUAAUAUUCUUCAAUUUGCUCCUUUCUCGUCUGCCAUAGAGACUGGAUUUUGGUACCAGCUGACUAAAAUGAAAUUGGAAAUAUUUAAGCUUGAUGACGCACCUGUAAACGUUCAUGGUUUUUACUCUAAUUGUUGUUCUUCUGGAUUACCACCAAUUGCAAAUAUUGAUUAUUCUUCAUUUGAUGAGGAUGUUCAAGUGCCUUCUUUUAGGUUUCCUUUAAAAGGAAUUCUCAUUAAUACAAAUACUUUAGAAGAUUUCAAACUUCGAGACAAAAAAGUUUUGCUUCAUUCCUUAGGGUGCAAGGUGUGGGAUGCUAUUAAAAAUGGAACUGCUUUAGAAGAUCCAUCUGUAUUGCAAUUAUUACUUUGCUUAACUUUUGCUGAUUUAAAAAAGUAUCGCUAUUAUUAUUGGAUUGCUUUUCCAGCAUUAACGUUUCCAAAAGUCAUUAGGAGUGAUGAAACAAAGAAACUUCAUGAAUAUCUUACAGCUGAUCAAUUAAACCAGUUUCUGAAUUCAUAUGAUGAUCUCUCAGUUUCAAGUAAAAUGGGCUUUCUGGUCUUCAUAGAUGAAGAGGGGAAAUGCCAUGCCCAUAAAUUCAGUGACUAUAAUAAGUUGAAAAUGUUACAGGGGAAGAUACUUAUUGGUUUUGCAGAUCCAUGUACUUAUGAUAAAUACCCAGGUUGGCCACUGCGAAAUGUAUUGUCAUUAGUUGCAUAUUCCUGGGGGAAAUAUCAAAACACUUGGGAUGUAAUUUGCUUGAGAGAGUUUGUGAAAGAAGGGAAACGCCACUGUGAACAUAGUAUUGUUCUUACAAUUCAGUUGGUUUUGCCAGAUAUUCCAGUUGAAUGUCCAGAUAUAGUGGGUUGGGAAAAAAACCAAAAUAAACUUGCUCCUAAAAUGGUUGAUAUGAGCUCUAAUAUGGAUCCAACUAAAUUAGCUGAUGCUGCUGUUGAUCUCAACUUAAAACUUAUGCGAUGGCGAUUGCUUCCUGAACUGCAGCUUGAAGACAUAAAAGCUGCUCGUUGCCUAUUAUUUGGUGCUGGAACAUUGGGAUGUAAUGUUGCUAGAUGUCUUUUGGGCUGGGGUGUGCGGAAAAUUACAUUUGUUGAUAAUUCUCGUGUUUCUUAUUCAAAUCCUGUGAGGCAGACUCUUUACACAUUUGAAGAUUGCUUACAAGGUGGAAAAUAUAAAGCUACAACUGCUGCCGAAUCAUUAAAAAAUAUUUUCCCAGGUGUUGAUGCUGAAGGACUAAUAUUAAGUGUUCCAAUGCCUGGUCAUCAAUUCCAGAAACUUUCUGGAAAACUGGUAGAUAAUAUUCGAUCAGAUGUAAAGCAAAUAGAAGAAUUAAUAGAUUCACAUGAUGUGAUAUUUCUUUUGAUGGAUACACGAGAAAGUAGAUGGUUACCAUCUUUAAUAGGAGCAUCUAAAGGAAAGAUUGUCUUAAAUGCUGCACUGGGCUUUGAUACUUUUUUGAUAAUGAGGCAUGGAAUGAAGAAAUUUGAAACUGGAGCUUGUGGUGAUGAUUUCUGUCCAAAAAUAAUUGAGGGUGGUGAUUUGGGAUGUUAUUUCUGCAAUGAUAUUGUGGCACCAGGAAAUUCAACACAUGAUAGAACCCUUGAUCAGCAGUGCACUGUGACUAGGCCUGGUGUAUCAUUUAUGGCAGCUGCUCUUGUUGUAGAACUCAUGGUUAGCAUUUUUCAGCAUCCAAAAAGGGCAUUAGCUCCAGCAAGUACUUCUGGCUCUGAUGAUACUUCAUGUGAUGAACUGACCACUGAUCUUGGUAUAGUUCCCCAUCAGAUUCGGGGACACUUAGAUAAAUUUCAAAAUGCCAUUUUGACAAGUAAAGCAUUUGAUAGAUGCACUGCAUGUUCUGAUAAGGUCUUGCAGAUGUAUGAAAAAAAUGGAUUUGAUUUUCUUCUCAAAGUCUUCUGUGAUCCAAAUUAUCUUGAAGAAAUCACAGGAUUAGCAGAAUUGAUGAAUAGUAUAAAUAUGGAAGAUGUAUUUGAGCUUAGUGAUGAUGAUGGCAGUAUUUAAGCAAAGACUCGAAAAGCUACAAAUUUCAUUCAAAGGCCGUUUAUUUAAUAGUGCAUGUUGAUUUAUAUUUUUACAUGUACCUGCUAAGACAUUUUUUGUAUUAUUUUUGUUAAGUGUUCGAAUCGGACAGUAUUAAACUUGUCAUUGUAAGUACAUUGCUUUGUCAUUGAAAAGAAUUGUUAAAAUCAAUUUAUCAUUAAACUUCAUGUGAUAAUUCAUAGAUUUUAAAUUAACCUUCUAGUUUAUUUACUGUAUUUGUAAAGAAUUAAGUAAAGGAAAUUUUUUGUAACAAUCCUAAGUUCUGUUGUUAAGAUAUUAAAACUUCUCAAUGUCUUUUAUAUAAAACUGUAUCAUUUCAGGUAGUUUAGAUUUGCCAACUUUUAUGCAUCAAAUAGAAGUUCAAGAUUUUCUGUAAAUUUAUAUUAUUUUUGGACUUAAAAAAAAAAAAAAAAAAAAAGCAUUUCUUGUAAAACCAAUAAAUUAAUUUUCAAUGUGUUCUUAAUCUCAAAAUGUGCAAAUUUGAAGGUAAUAUUAAUUCCGGUUCCGCAUUUUAGGAAAUUCAAUUUUAGUUUUAUUAAAAUUUUAAUUCUAACCUUUAUUUCAGUUUUUAUAUCUUGCUUUGAUUCAGGUUUUGAUUUUGGUGGUUAUAUUGUCUCUUAGAAACAACAACAAUAGCAAAAAGCUAGAACUACAGCCAAAAAAGAAAACAAGUAGAAAGUAAUGCUAAUAACUAUGUAAAUAUGAGCCCCAAAAUGUUUUUAAUUAAAAAUCUGAUUCUUUCAA